AGCAUUACAAGUCUAGCCACAGCCACUGCGUGAACUGGCCUGGAAGAGCUGAUUGCACGGAGCUGCUCUUGCUACUGCCUGCCUGCCUCACUCGUGCUCUUUUGAACACGGCAACAAGAGGACAAGCAGCCCUUCUGAGCACGCUCUUCAGUCAGCUGUCUGACACGCAAGAACUGUAGAGAACCAGGAUAAUGGCUGCCAGCAAGAACAAGAACCAGAGUUCUCUGGCUCUCCACAAAGUAAUCAUGGUUGGCAGUGGAGGUGUGGGCAAGUCGGCACUCACGCUUCAGUUCAUGUAUGACGAGUUUGUGGAAGACUAUGAACCCACAAAGGCUGACAGUUACAGGAAGAAAGUAGUUCUGGAUGGUGAAGAGGUCCAAAUAGACAUACUGGACACAGCAGGACAGGAGGACUAUGCAGCCAUUCGAGACAACUACUUCCGCAGCGGGGAGGGGUUUUUGCUAGUGUUCUCCAUAACGGAGCAUGAAUCUUUUACAGCAACAGCAGAGUUCCGGGAACAGAUCCUGCGUGUGAAGGCUGAAGAGGACAAAAUACCUUUGCUCGUGGUGGGAAACAAAUCUGACUUGGAAGAGCGCAGACAGGUGCCUGUAGAGGAGGCCAGAACUAAAGCAGAGGAGUGGGGAGUGCAGUAUGUAGAGACUUCUGCCAAAACUAGAGCAAAUGUAGAUAAGGUAUUCUUUGAUUUGAUGAGGGAAAUCAGAGCGAAGAAAAUGUCAGAAAACAAAGACAAGAAUGGCAAGAAAAGUGGCAAGAACAAGAAAAGCUUUAAAGAGAGAUGUUGCUUACUGUGAUACUUGGGAACUG